AUGGCAGGCGCUACACUAUCAAGCCAUGAACGCGUUGCUUCGUUUCUCGGUGGGGCCACAGCUGGCAUUUGUGUCGACUGUGCUGUGUACCCAAUCGAUACAAUAAAAACUCGCCUCCAGAGUGCUGCGCAUGAGGUGAAACCGAAACUUGGCGGCAAAUUCGGUCUUUUUGCUGGUCUUCCUGCUGUCCUUUUCGGUUCCGCGCCUGGUGCCGCACUGUUUUUUAUCACCUACGAGACCGUGAAGCGUUCAACUUUGUCGUUCGGGGCCCCAUUAUGGAUGUCAUCAAUGGCGUCUGCAUGUGCUGGAGAAGUGGUCGCGUGCAUCAUCAGAGUUCCCGUUGAGACAAUCAAGCAGAGGACACAGAGCCAACCAAACCUCAACGUCAGAAUUGUUUUCUCGCGGAGUUUGCAGGCUGAAGGCUGGGCCGGUCUCUAUCGGGGAUACUUGAGCCAGGUGUGUCGCGGUCUUCCGUUCUGUCUCCUCCAAUAUCCCAUCUGGGAAAUGCUGAAGCGAGUCAUGGAGAGGCACAAUCGUUUGUCAGACGGCGGCGGCGGCGGUGCCUCUUCGCUGACAAAGAAACAGUUUGCGCUGUGCGGAGCGAUUGCCGGUGCGAUUGGCGGCUCCUCGACAACACCCAUGGACGUCGCCAAAACUCGGAUCAUGCUGGCCGAGAAAGGAACGCCUCUGGCCUCGGGAAACGUCGUGGUCGCCUUGAAAACCAUCUAUCGGGAAGGCGGUGUCCGCGGCCUGUUUGCCGGUCUUGUGCCUCGAGUUUGCAUAAUGUCUUUCGGUGGAGCCAUUUUUCUCGGUCUCUACGACAUCACCAAGGCGAUGUGGCUUGCCUCGCUGGACCCAAUGAGUCCUUAUGUACAGAACCCACCCCUCCUUGGUCUUUCGGUGGAUCUCGUGUCUCGCGAACGAGGCGUCCAAUUUUGCGCGGGAGCCCUCGCAGGUCUCUGCGUGGACGUGGCGCUCUACCCCGUGGACACCAUGAAGACACGUCUGCAGUCGGCGUCUCGCACCAUCUUCACGCCCUGUGGACGUCUCCGUCUCUUCGCCGGACUCCCCACCGUCCUGCUCGGCUCCGCGCCGGCAUCCGCUGUCUUCUUUUACGCCUACGAGCUGUCGAAAGACGUCUCCAUGGCUGCGGGCCUGCCGAUGUGGACGUCGUCUGUGAUUGGCACGACUGUCGGUGACAUUCUUUCGAUGGUCAUUUGGGUUCCUUGCGAGAACGUGAAGCAGUCCGCGCAGAGCCGACCCUUCGACCCCAUCCGAUCCAUCGUCAAGAGCUACAUCAGGCACGAAGGGUGGAUGGGUCUGUAUCGGGGCUACGUGAGCACGGUUAUCCGCGACCUCCCUUGCGCGGUCAUCCAGUUUCCUGUUUGGGAGCUUCUGAAGCAGUUCUUGGAGCGGCGAAACCGUCUGCGAAUGCAGGAGGCCGGUGUCAUCACCGACUUGCCCGAUGGUGCCAGCACCCUCACAACUGUCCAGUUCGGAGCUUGUGGAUUUCUGUCAGGCGCGGUGGCGGGCAGCGUUACUACGCCGUUGGAUGUGGCCAAGACACGCAUCAUGCUCGCCGAGCGAUCUAGUCCCCUCUCGUCUGGUCGAAUCUCCACCGCCUUGAAGGUGAUCUACAAGGAAGCCGGCUUCACGGGGUGGUUCGCCGGGCUCCUGCCACGGACAGGCAUCAUGUCGGUGGGCGGAGCCAUAUUCCUCGGACUCUACGACAUCUGCAAGGCCUUCUGGUCGGAGGCGCUGGACGCCCAACCGAAGUCAUCGCUUCGUCCGUGA